AUGAACCUCGACAAGUUCUUUGAAGACGUCGAGAAUGUGAAAGAUGACAUGAAAGGAGUCGAGACUUUUUACAAGAAGCUUCAAGACUCCAACGAAGAAUGCCAAACGGUGCACAAUGCCAAGAAGGUUAAGGAGCUACGAGCUAAGAUGGAUGCUGACGUUGGUCAGGUUCUCAAGAGGGUCAAAAUGAUUAAACAGAAGCUUGAGGCCUUAGAGAAAGCAAACGCUAAUAGCCGUAAUGUACCGGGCUGUGGACCCGGUUCAUCUACGGAUAGGACCCGGUCCUCUGUGGUUAGUGGUCUUGGAAAGAAGCUAAAGGACUUGAUGGAUAGUUUCCAGAGUUUACGUGCACGGAUGAAUGAUGAGUAUAAAGAAACUGUAGAGCGCAGGUAUUUUACAAUAACAGGAGAAAAAGCUGACGAGCAGACAAUAGAUAACUUGAUUGCGAGCGGUGAGAGUGAAAACUUUCUUCAAACAGCGAUUCAAGAGCAAGGAAGAGGUCAGAUCAUGGACACCAUAUCAGAGAUUCAAGAAAGACAUGAUGCAGUGAAGGAGAUUGAGAAGAAUCUAAUUGAGUUGCAUCAAGUUUUCUUGGACAUGGCGGCUUUAGUGGAAGCGCAAGGGCAACAGCUUAACAAUAUAGAGAGCCAUGUGGCUAAGGCGAGCUCGUUUGUGAGAAGAGGAACUGAUCAGCUUCAAGAUGCUAGGGAGUAUCAAAAGAGCUCGAGGAAAUGGACUUGUUACGCUAUUAUUCUCUUCAUUGUUGUGUUUGCUCUCCUCCUUAUUCCUCUUCUACCCCAUAUUAUGCUCAUGUUGAAAUGA